CAUGAGAAGAAGAGGAUCGCUUUAAAAAGGACAAAAUAAGGAAAUUAAGAAACAAAAAAGGAAACUCACCAGUCCCGCUGAUGGUCAUACGUCAACUUUAAGUGGCUAAAAUCUCAGUGAGUAGGAGAGAAAGAGAAAAGUAAAUUCAUCACCACCAUGAAGCUGUGGAGCCGUGUCUGCGUCCUCGUUCUAGCAGUUUCUCCUAUUUGCCUGGGACUAAAUACUACAAGUGAUGCACAUCAAAACAACGAUACAAAGGCUUCUGCCACCACGAUCACUUCCCCACACCAUUCAAAUACCACAUAUGCUGAGAGUACUACAGCAGUGAUGACAAACGUUACGUCUCGAGGUAUGGUGGCUACUACUCUAACAAGUACUAAUGUACCAAUGAAAGAGACUACCACCAAAAUCAGUGGUGAUCAAACGACCCGUGUUUCCACGACACCAAGUACCAGCUCAGGAAUUACAGCACCCCCUCCAGCUGGCUCGUCUGCAGGUUAUGUGGUCCUGGCGCUUAUCAUCAUAGUGAUUAUAAUUCUGUGUAUCAUCCUCUACCUCUUGAGGAGAGCCUCCAGGACGUAUUCAUUUGACCUCCAGCGUCCAAAUCCUGUUGGCCAUCUCAGCCAACCCACUGGCACCUUUGAGCCAGUCUACCUGGAUGAUCUGGAGCGACCGGUACCUAAAGAUAUUGAAGCCACUGAUGACCUUUCACCUCCACCGGUCGCUAACGGCACGAGUCUACAGUCAGAGGAAAAGGACUCCACUGGAGAGAACGCUCCUGAGGAACAGCCAGAAGCAAACGGUGUGGAGACUUCACCUGCUGAAAACACCACUCCCUCACUGAGCAGCGAUGAAGCUGACAAGAUAUCCAACCCACCGAGCAGUACCAACCUGUUCUUUGAUGCUAUUGGGGAGCAGCAGAAUGAAAACAACAACAACCCAACAGUUUGCUCCAGUGACCCAUUUGUUGAAAUAAACCUGGACGAGCCAGCGUGGUGUGAUCAGCUCCUCAAUUCUUCUGAAGGUUCUUCCUCGGUCCUCCCCUUUUCUCCAUUCUCCUUAUCCUCCUCUUCCUCUUAGCACCUUGAAUGUUAUCCUCUUCGAUCAACAUAUAGGCAGAGACUGUCUUUCGUAGCACAUGGACAUGAGCACGACAUCUUUUGUUCUCAAAGCUAGUAUGGAUUGUCAGGUGAACAACCAAGGAAUUAACAUCAACCUGUAAACAUGAAGCUAGCUUUAACUGAUUUCUAAUUGUGAUUUUAUAUGUUUUUUGUUCAAACUUAAUGGUCUCUUUUAGUAUUUUUUUUUUCUAAGCCUGUAUGAAGGGCUGAUUUUAAUUGAAUUGGUUGAAACUGAGCAAUUUGGGAAACUCAAAGAGACAGUCCAAAAUUGCACCUAAGAAAAAAAAGGAUUGAAGAAAUGUUAACAGUUUUUACCCAAAUCACAACUUUUCCUGCAUUUAACUGACUGAUUAUUAUUGUUACCUAACCACACUGCAAACUUCAUACCAAAGGAAGUAAAAUAAGCGAGGUAGCUUAUUCGUGGUAUCUAGACUUACAAUAACACCUGAACUUUUUUACAAAUGUCAUCACUUCAUGAGCGUAUAGAUUGACUCCAGUCCCUUCAAAGUGGGCUCUCAGAUCUAACAUUCUUUAUAAGUAGGCUUAAUUUCUCUCAGAAGAGAUGUUUGGUUUUAAGUCAGAUUCUUUUGGGGGAAAUUCAUGUGUACAAAGCACUCAUAUAGGAAACAGUUGAUCAACUUUUUGUACAUUUUAAUAUUGCAAUAAUAAUUUAAGGUUGUAAUCCCAUAGAUGCACAUGGAUGUACACAAGAAUGAUACAUCAUUUGGGGACCACAUCUCAUUAGCAAUAAAUAUAAAACUAUCUUUAAUGUUUCCUUAUGAUUUUUUUUUUAAUUUCGUUUGUUUUGCACAUUAUCAGCACAUCAAACUUAAAUCAAAUUAGUUUUUUCCUAAAAACUUUGCCCCAGUAGCAUUCUUCUACUCCAUUUUAUUUACUAAAGCAUCAUAAAACAGCAGCAACAACUGUUACUCUCAAAUUAUCGAUGUAGGCUAGUUUCCUCUAAACCUACAGUGACAUUUGUGAAAUCUCUGAACUAUAGAAAAUAAACUCUGUGUCAUAGUUACUGUAAAUAUUUUUGUAUACAAUAUAAUUUUUAGUAGAAUACUAUGAACCAUUUACAUUUAUUCAAGUUCUAUAUUUUAAUUUUGUGACUAUGGAUGUUUCCAUUCUACUAGAAGUUUAAAUGCUUUAAGUUUUUUUAACCUACAUUUAUUUUGUCAUUUUUUUAUAAACUGGCUUCUUUUUAGAAGCUAGCUAAAAAUAAAUUUUACUACUGCCAUUUUGCUCAAUGUGCUAGU